GAGAUCAACUGUGCUUCUCUGGCCUCAGCUCUGAAGUCCAACCCCUCCCAUCUGACAGAACUGGACCUGAGUAAGAACAAGCUGCAGGAUUCAGGAGUGAAGCUGCUGUCUGCUGGACUGGAGAGUCCACACUGUAGACUGGAGACUCUGAGGUUGAGGAGCUGCAGUUUGUCAGAGAUCAGCUGUGCUUCUCUGGCCUCAGCUCUGAAGUCCAACCCCUCCCAUCUGACAAAACUGGACCUGAGCUACAACAACAAGGUGCAGGAUUCAGGAGUGAAGCUGCUGUCUGAUCUGGUGGAGAGUCCAAACUGUAGACUGAGGACUCUGAGGUUGAGGAGCUGCAGGUUGUCAGAGAUCAGCUGUGCUUCUCUGGCCUCAGCUCUGAAGUCCAACCCCUCCCAUCUGACAGAACUGGACCUGAGUGAAAACAACCUGCAGGAUUCAGGAGUGAAGCUGCUGUCUGCUGGACUGGAGAGUCCACACUGUAGACUGAAGACUCUGAGGUUGAGUGGCUGCAGUUUGUCAGAGAUCAGCUGUGCUUCUCUGGCCUCAGCUCUGAAGUCCAACCCCUCCCAUCUGACAGAACUGGACCUGAGCUACAACAACCUGCAGGAUUCAGGAGUGAAGCUGCUGUCUGAUCUGGUGGAGAGUCCAGACUGUAGACUGAGGACCGUGAGAUGGAAGUGAUCGUGAUCGAGCGUGAGCGAUCAGAAAGGUGAUUGGCUGAGAGCCGAUCGGCUGCGUCCUGAUGAUCCAGAGAGGUUGAAGCAGCAGCAGCAGCUUGUGGGUGGAGAGGCUCUGACUGGGCCAUGUUACUGGGAGGUAGAGUGGAGAGGAGAGCUUCAUCCAGCAGUGACUGACAGAGGAACCACAACAAGUGGAGAUGAGUGUCAGUGCUGCAGUGUGAACUGCUCUGAGAUCAGCUCCACUGUCAGACACAGUGUCCAGUCCAGCAUCCUCCCUGUGUGUUGCUGUGGAUGUGACAGAGUAUCAUCAGCUCUGUCCUUCUACACAGUCUCUGCAGACACUCCUCCACUCCUUCUGCUCCUCACUUACACACCUCCUCCACCUGGAACCUGGACUUUAUAUACUCAUUAGUAUAAAUGUACAUAUAUGUAUUUGACAAAGAUGGCGCCUUUGUGUAUGGCGAGCCGUCCACCUCUGCUCUGUGUUUUGUUGCUCCUGCUCUUAAUUUCACUUUUUGUAAAUAAUGUGUCACCGUUGCUGCUGUAUGAUCGAUAAAGUCUACGUUCUACGACUGUAGUGGACAGUCAAAGACGCUCCCACCGUUCCUGGCGUCUGUGCCCCACUACCUGCGGCGUCUUCCUGUUCCUCCGCCCCGCAAACGUCGUCACAGAAAGCGGGGGAAACGAAGCGGAGUCCUUGUUCGACUGAGAGUCUGCCUGGCACAGUCCUCGGAGUACGAUCAUCGUCACCUGCUGCGGUUACCCCGGGAAUUUGACGGCUUCAUUGUGCGGUGCUCCUCGGAGGUCAGCUGGCUCCGAUCAGCUGUUCCAGAUGCCGGCUACACACAUCCCAGCCGCCCGUGGCGGGUCAGCAUCUACAGACGAGGCUCCUUGCAGGAAAAUCUCUGUCCUGUUGCUCGUGGUUCCAAGCGAACCGACCACACGCCAGUGCGCGUCCCCCUCAUUAAUACGAGGUCUUUGACAAAUGAAACUUUUAUCCUGAACGAUUGCUUCUCAACACACGUGCUGGAUUUCCUCUUGUUGACGGAGACGUGGAUUAACCCGGUGACGACAGCACGUUCACUGAGCCCCCCCCCCCCCCGCUGUUCUUUCCUCAUUACACGUACGUCCUCGUUCGACAUUAUCUCGUCUAAUAGACACUGCCCCCGUGUGUUGUUCAGUACCAUUAAUUCCGUUGUGAGCCCCCACUCUCGUCCUCUGUCUGACGCCACUGUUUCUACAUGUGAGGACUUCUUGCACUUUUUCGUUGACAAAGUGAUGUCUGUGAGAGCGCUGAGCAGCGGCAGCAUCAGACCAGACCAGACCAGUCUGCUACAACCCCACACUCCUCAGCGUUUGACCACUUUGAGCCCAUCUCCCUCUCAUCACUUGCUGAUGUAGUGAAACACAUGAAAACAACAAAUUGCCCUUUGGAUGUUUUCCCAACAAAAUUGCUUAAAAAGGGUGUUCUCUACUGUUGGGCCUGUCCUCUUGGUUUUAAUGAACACUUGCCUUAGCUCAGGAUGUGUUCCGGCUUCUUUUAAACAUGCUGUUGUGAGACCACUUCUUAAAAAAACACAUCUGGAUGCUAAUGUUUUAUCUCAUUUUAGACCUGUUUCUAAUGUGCCUUUUAUCUCAAAAGUCCUUGAGAAAAUUGUUUUUGUCCAGUUGCAGGCAUUUUUAGAAAAUAAUUUUAUCCUGGAAAAAUUCCAGUCUGGGUUCAGAUCACGGCAGAGCACAGAGUCUGCACUGCUUAAAGUACACAAUGACAUAACUGUGUUUGUUGAUGCCAAACGUCCUGUUGUCCUUGUGCUGCUUGACUUAACGGCAGCAUUUGAUACAGUGGACCAUUCCAUUCUCUUGUCCCGCUUAAAUAAUUAUGUUGGUAUCCGUGGUACUGCACUCAAGUGGUUUGAUUCUUACCUAAACAACAGGACUUUUUCUGUCAUGAUUGGUGACCUGUCCUCCUCUGUUGCCUCUUUGUUUUGUGGAGUUCCCCAGGGCUCUAUUUUGGGACCUUUGCUUUUUUCACUUUAUAUGUUGCCGCAGGGCGUCAAUUAUAGCGAGACAUAAUUUAGCAUUUAACUGCUACGCUGAUGACCUCCAGCUGUAUUUACCAGUGUUCCCAACCAAAAGUGUUGCUCUUCAGUCCCUCACAGACUGCAUGACAGUGACAUAGAUUUAAAAAAAUGUACUUUUUGUUUUUAAAGCCCUCAGCGGCCUAGCUCCUAUUUAUUUGACAGAGCUUCUCUCUGUCCGAAACCCAAACAGGGCGCUAAGGUC